AUACUAUACAUACAUAUGUAUUCAAGUACCCCUCAAAUACAUAUGAGUAUGUACAAUGAUAUGAUUAUAUGAAUAUUACAAAGAACGUAACCAAUAUAAUGAAUAAUAAUAACAAUAUAACUGUUCAAUUUACAUAUUCAUUACACUAUAUUAUUCACUGAUUAUCCAAAGUUCUCAUUAUUAUGUAAUCAUCAUCAUCAUCAUUAUUAUUUCAAUCGUAUUACAUAUAGUAUCCAUGUAUAUGAUAUUCUUCAUAUUCUAUAGUUUGAUUAUCAUUCCUAUAAAUCAAUGUAUUGAUUAUGGAAAAAUACAAAAAAACAUCAGAAAUUUCAAUCAUUAUUAUUAUUCUCAUCAUGAUGAUUAUGUGAUCCAUUCAAAAGAUUCAUGUCAUCAAAUUCUAUUUAAUAAUAAUAAGAUUGAAGAAUUAAUUAAACAAUCCGAUGUAAUUAUAGCGGGACGUUUAACAUAUCAUGAUACAUAUGAGAAAUAUAAACAAAUUCAUUCAUCAUAUUCUAAUCAUAUAAUGACUAGUACUACUAUCAAUACUACUACUACUAAUAAUAGUAAUAUCUACUUCAAUAUAACUGUAUUAGUUAAAACUAUCUAUAAAGCUAAUUAUCCGAUUGGGAAUGAAGUUAUUAUUGGUCCAGUAUAUAUAUUAGAUAAUCAUCAUCAUGGAAAUGGUAUAGGAUGUUUACCAGUAUUUUAUUCUAAUGCCAAAUAUAUAUUUUUUUUAAAGAAUAAUAGUAAACUAUUGAAUUAUUAUGAACCUAUUAGUGAAAUAGCAGAAUAUACUGAAUAUAUGGAAAAGAAAAUUUAUGCAUAUCAUUGUCAAAAUUGUGUAAAACCUACAAUUGAAUCUAUUCCUAAUCAAGUGUUAGAAUAUGGUCAAUCAUUAACAACUAACUGUAUAGCGACUGGUAUACCAACACCAACUAUUAUGUGGAUAAGAGAUGGGAAAUCAAUUAAUCUAGCUGAUAAAGGUUUAACAGUUGAAACAUUUGAACGUUCACCAGGAUAUGUGGAAUCUAUAUUGGAAAUAAACAAUUUAAUUUUAAUUGAUACCGGUGAAUAUUGGUGUUAUGCUGAAAAUGCAUUAGGAUUAGCCAAAGAGAAGUUUAUUUUAAAAGUUCAACAAAAUAAUAGAACAGACGAAAAAUUAAUGGUUGAUGAAUUAAUACCUUGUUCAGAUGAAGAUAAAGAUUACUGUCUCAAUGGUGGUCAAUGUUAUACGUAUAAAAAUGAAAGAGUAUCAUUUCAAUGCAGGUGUCUCGAUUAUUAUUUCGGUGAUCGAUGUCAUUUUCAUACCGAUGGACUGUAUGCUUUUUCUGAAUCUCGUGGAAAUGAUCUACAAUCUAUGUUGCAUGCAUUAACUACAACACUUACAUUACGUGGUGUAUUUUUCACAUUAUUUGGUGCAUUAAUGAGUGUUUUAACAUUUUAUGGAAUAUGGAAAUGUCAACAAAAAAGCAUGCAUCGAAGACACUUAAGAAGACGAAACAAAUCUUUAUUUAAACAUGAUUCACAAACGAAAACUUCUCAUUCAGUCAAUCAUUCAAAUCAUGAAAAUAGAAUACAUAAUACAGUAAAAGAGAAUACAGCGCCAAUUUCAAUUAAUGAUUAUUAUAAAAGAGAUCAAAACAUUGAACAUAUUCCUAUUCCAGAAAAUUAUUAUGGACAAACUGGUAAUAGUUAUAUAUUGCCAACUUCACAUUUAGCUAAUAAUGGUUGUUAUGAGAAUCGUUCACAAAAUUUUACUCAUGAUGUAAUGAUUGAUUUAAAAUCUCCAUUAACAACAAGUCAUGUGAAUCCACAACAGUUACAUAAUCAUUCAAGAAACGCAAUUCAGUUCGGUUAUCGACCAUCAUCCUCUUUAGAUCAAUGUAAUGAAUCAGCCCAUAAACCUGAGAAUGGAUUAACUUUACACAAUAGACCUUUCGGGACAGAUUGGUCAACACGAAGGAUUAUAUCACAAAAACCUGGAUCUAUACGAGAUCGACUACCAAUACUAGCAGAAGGAUCAAAUUUAGAUUUGAAUAUUGAUAGAUAUCCGAAUUACACAGAUCCUAUCGACAGAAUGAAUAGAUUUGAUCAAGACAGAGAUAUAUCAUUAAACAUGAUUUCAUCUUCUUCUUCAUUUAUACAAACUAAUACUUGAAUAUACGAUUAAGAAUAAUGUUAAAAAGCAUUCAUUCAUUUCAUGUUAGAAGAAGUAAGAAAGUAAAGUAUAUGGUACUAUCUAUUAUCAUAUAACAGAUCUUAUAACUACUAUUACUACCAUUCCAUAUUCUACCUUUAGAGUUACUAAUUAAUUAUUCUGAUGUAAUAUACCAUAAAGUAUUUCAAUUCUGCAUUGUUUCUUUCGUAGUUUUGUAAUAAUAAUGAUAAUACUCUUGUCCUCAGUUGUCUAUUUUCAUGAAUGAAAACUGACUCAAACGCAUUUGUUUUACAGUUUUAUCUAUUAUUUACAAGAAAUUUCUUGUGUCACCUUUAUUCUCACUUAAAAGUAAUUGAACAUUGAAGUGACUUAUGUUUUAUGCCUUGAUUCACAAUUGUCUGAUCAUUGUUUAUCAAUCGUUUAUACCUCAUCAUUAUGUGUAUAUGUCAAAAGAAAUGUAUCAUCUGUUUGUAUAUUCUACUAUAGACGUGUGUGUGAGUGAGUGGGGAACAGUGGCCUACUUUCUGUUUGAUUAUUCAAUACAUAAUUUAAUACUUGAAAUAAAGUGAAACGUUUGCCGGUAAACAAUUUUCUCUAUUGUAAUUGUUGUUGUUGUUGUUGUUAAUGAUCAUGGAUAUCAGUAGAAAACAAAUAAAGUCAUUUCAAAAGUUUA